GAUCCAAGUAGAGACGGCACUCUUUCCACAGUGGGCGCCGCAUUUUGUCGCGCUUCGGCUCUCUCAUAUGUCGCUUCCUCCCGCACCCAUAUACUGAGCGCACAGUGCACACACAUGCAACGCAUCACGCCGCAGCUGCGUCUCCUUUUUCAUCCGACACGUGUGAUGUUUGACGGAAUGCUCUCUAGGAUGGACGCAGUCAACCGAAGCCUUGAGGCGUUCAGGGCAUCACCUGUCGUUCCCACGCUUCUCCUCUCUUCUCAGACCCCACCGCCGGUUGCGAAGCCGGAGCAGAUGGUGAACUUCUUUGUGGCUACCUUUGACCCCUUUGUCUUCAGCUACUGCGUGUUUGAUGCUGCCCUCAUCUUGCACGAAGCUCGUCAGUUGGGGGCAGAUGACCUUCUCGCCUCCCCUACUUCGCUGUUGUGCCCGCCACGCAUGCUGGUGCGAAGUCCGUCUUCAGGGAAUCGCUUUGGUCCUGAGCGGCUGGCGCAACUCGCCGAGGUGCUCGACGCUCUCCUUCACGAGCACGAGGCGUCGCCGCGGUCUCUCACGUACGCCGCCCAGCAACAGCAGGUGUCAUGUCCCCAACUCGUGCCUUUUCUGCGCGGGGUGUGUCUUUCUGCGGAGGUGAAGCAUCCCCUCACGCCGCAGGUGGCCUACGUCUUGGCGGAGCUCCAGACGAAUGGCUUUGCCUCGCCGUAUCUCUAUCUCGACGGCACCUACGAACAGCGACACCGUCUCCUCGCGCUACUUCUCCUCUCCAGCGCAGAAGAGUUUGGGAGCACCGUGGUCUUGUACACGGCGUUGGAGCUGAUGACGCAACAGCACGAGGCAGCUAACGCGUAUACGGUGUCGCGCGCUGUGUGCCGCGCUUUAGCGAAGGAAGACAAGCGAAACCUGGACUGGGCUCUGAAGACGCGUGGCAAACCGCGCCACGACUUGAGUGCACGGCGAGGGUGGACACAUAACAUACGAUAA